AUGUGGAUACGAGCAAUACUGGUAGCUGUGCUGGUGUGUCUCCUGAUUCUACACUUCCUGAAACUGCUCCAGACACACAAGAAGUACCCUCCUGGGCCUCCUGUACAUGAAAUAUUUGUAAAAGUUAUACAGACCGGAUUCAGAGUUCAUCCUGACAUGUUUACUGAGAUGGCAAAGGAAUAUGGAAGCAUUUACACUUUUUGGGAACUGAAUGUGCCUGUGUUAAUUGUGUCUGGAUUCCAAAAUAUAAAAGAAGUGCUAAUAAAACAUUCAGAAGAAUUCUCUGGGAGACCGGUCACCCCAUUGUAUAAAGUUAUAACACAAGAAAAAGGUAUCGUAUUCUCUAAUGGUCACAACUGGAAGCAGCAGAGGAAGUUUGGGAUAGUCACCAUGCGGAAGCUGGGGAUGGGAAAGAAGAGUAUGGAGAGCCGAAUAGAAGAUGAGGCUCAUCAACUUGUGGAGACAUUUGCACGUGCAAAGGGGCAGCCUCUUGACCCUUCAUUACCCAUCCUUAAUUCAGUCAGCAAUGUGAUCUGGGCUCUGGUUUUUGGACAUCGGUAUUCCGUUGAUGAUGAAGAAUUCCUCAAGCUGCUGCAAGCCCUUGAACGCAUUGAAAAAAUUGGAGGCUCCUUCUUUCAUCUUCUCUAUGAAGCAGCCCCAUGGCUCAUGAAACACAUCAAAUGGCCAUACAAGGAGGUGUUUGCCGCAGCAGAUCUUGUGCGUUCACAUGCAGUGAAAGAGACAGAACUGCAUAGAAAGAAACUGGCAGCGCAUGAUCCACAGGAUUUCAUCGACUACUAUCUACUUCAGAUGGAGAAUAGCAAGAAUGACCCUACUUCAGCAUACGAUGAGGCCAACCUGAUUCAGUGUGUUUGCGACUUCAUUUUUGCUGGGGCAGACACAACCAGCGCCACUCUGCAAUGGGGACUGCUUCUCAUGAUGACUCAUCCAGAUAUCCAAGAGAAAGUCCAGAAGGAGAUAGAAGAUGUUUUUGGCUCUUCCAAAUCAAUCGCCUAUCAAAACUGGAAGAAAGUGCCAUACACCUCUGCUGUGAUUCACGAGAUACAGCGUUUCAAAUGUAUCUUAUUAUCUGGGAACCCAAGACAAUCUGUGCAGGAUGUGACCAUUCUUGGUUGGUUCAUUCCUAAGGGGACCAUCGUUUUUCCAAAUAUACACUCAGUUCUUUAUGACCCCAAGAUAUGGGAGACCCCUCGAAAGUUCAACCCAAAUCAUUUUUUAGACAAAGAUGGAAAAUUUGUGGAUAGAGAAGAACUUUUGAUCUUUGGUGCAGGAGCCCGUGUGUGUCUAGGCAAAGAGGUGGCAAAGAUGGAGCUCUUCUACUUUUUCACCAUCCUGCUGAGAGCAUUCACCUUCAAGCUGCCAGAAGGAGUGACAGAAGUCAACUCAGAGCCUACAAAUGGCCUGAUACUGUUUCCACAACAUUAUAAGCUCUGUGCUGUUCCCCGGGUUCAGUAA